GCUGCUGAAGGACAUCCAUUGUCCAUGGGGGUUCCGUCGUGUUCUGUGCGUUGAAGAGGGACAGCAACCAUGUGGAAUCAAUGUAUAAAUCUUCUCGACCCUUCGACUUAGCAAAGAAGCUUUCUUGGUCCUUGCAUAACCAUACACACCAUGCCCACCAUGCACAUUCACCGUUGGUGUGCCAUUGGAACCGAAGCUAUCGACCAAUACCCAAGGUAUCCCAGCGGUCCAGACGCAGGGACUCCAAGGCCCGAAUUAUCAUAGGGUCGAGUGCCUUAUCAGACGAAUUCAAAACGCUACAGAACUGGGUUGAGGACGCUAAAGAGAAAGACCAUGUAUCCUACAACACGUUUCGCCGUGAGAUCUCGACACAACGUCCAUACUCGAAGGAAUGGGCGGCGAAGAUCUUGCCUCUGUUUGAGGUCGACCCCCCUCUAGAUGCUCGGGUUCCGCCAACUCCUGAAGACCUCGAAGAAGAGCUUUUGGCUCCCUUUCAGAGGCGACACAGAGUGCCAGGAGAAAGACGACAUCCUAAGUUCGACUCUAAGAGGAUCUUCUCCAUUGAGAUGCGACGAGCAAUGGCAAUGAGAGAUCGAAAGUCGGGUCCCUUGAAGCAUCCGAUAAGAGGUCCUCCACCGCGACGAGAGCGACCAAAUCAUCUCCUCGAAUAUGAACUGAGAGUUCGCGCACACCUAGAACCAUACCCUCUAACCACCUCUGACAUACUGACUAUUUUGAUUGAAGAACGUAUGGUCAAACCCAAUGAGCGUCACUAUGAUGCCAUGAUUCUGAGUUGUUGCCGUGCUGAAACGUCCUCGGCGAAUGAUGUGAGGCUGAUACUUGAGGAAAUGAGACGUGAAGGCUUUGAACUGAGUCCAACUCUGUGGGCAGCAGUCCUCAAGGUUAUGACAGUGCAUCCGGAUGGAUUCCUCCGCAAUGAGGCUUCGUCAGUACUGUUGCAGCAAUCUAACGAUAUCCCAAUCGAUCUAGGUCAGAUUUUAGUGACCGCAUUGAUCCGCGAGCAACAACUCGAGCUUGCUUGGCUCGAAUUACAAAAAAUGACGGUUCGAGGCAUGAAAGUGCAGACGUGGGUAUGGGUGCUUUUGAUUCACGCUCUUUGUGAACGGAAUGAUCUUGACACGGUCCUUCAAAGCUUCUAUGUCCUUCGAGAUACCUUCCAACACAUUCCUCAGCCAACUCUACUGGCUGUGCUACAGCAUGCAGCAGGGUCGAGACAUUUGGACCUGACCAAGUUGAUCUGGCACACCUAUGUUGAGCCCAUGCACAUCAAACCGGAAGUGGGAAUUUGCGUCGACGCAUUGAGCACGGCUGACCACCACAACGAUCUCAACCUCGGCGAAUCUGCAUUUUUCGUAUUGAAAUGUACGGUAGAGGCGAGAACCGUCAAUUCAAAGGCGGAAACCAUAAGUUCACCUGGAUCUGCUGAUGGUGAUGAUCGCAAUGCCUCGAGUCCUCCAAAACUAGGAGAGACAGUCACUCCAUCUCCCGAUGUUUUGCCACCGUUCAGUACCGCGUGGGAUCACGAUACUGCACAGGAAGCUCUCGCUACUGCUCAGACGACUCUAGGAAGGAUUAGAACUCGUCACGGAAUAAGCACAUUAUCGCAUGAGCAAGAAGUACGAAAUCGUCGGGGGAAUCUGUACGCCAUGUUUCGGUUGCCGGAGCACGAACAUGCUAUGUUGGAUCCUAUCGUUGGCCUAAGCAAUGGAUGGGCAUGGUGGCUCCCCCACUCGAAGUUGACAGGUCGUUUGCGCCGACUUGACGGCAAGCCCAGGAGGCAUCGUGGACUGAAGGACUCUGCAGCCGAUGGCCAAGAACCACAAGAUGACGAAGACCUACCAGAUGAGGACUGAACGUCUUUUAGUUCGUGAUGGACGGUUGAGGUGUCUGAUGACGGGCCGAGACAUGGUGUGGUUAUCUGGACUGGCUAGCCAUAAAUGAAAAAGAUUUCGUCUUGGUUUGGAAUAAGGCAUGGAGGGUGUCGUGUAUGAGAUAUAUGCCAGGAUUGACGCUUUGGGCUGUUGCGGUAGUGCUCACUCUUUCCUGGCCCCCAAUGCCAUCUCUGUUACCUCUAUCGGAAUCAUCAGCUUCGAUUCAUCCAAAGACAACAGAACGAGAGAUAUCAUAAGGCAGCAGACCUGUUCCUUAGGCCAUCAAUGACCCCCAAGGCACCAACGAGUGAUGUCCCGAUACGACCCGUCUACCAGUCCAGGGUACUGUAUCCCUGAUACUGAGAGGAGGAGAAUGCCAUUGCACGUGACAUGGGGUCAUUAGUCACCCAGCAUGAUCCCCGACGGCAAAGUCUCGAUUAACUCGAUAAGGCUGCGCCUCAUCGCCCCUGAUUCCCUGCCAAUAUCCGUGCGAGGAUGGAGGGGGCCUUUGACCACAUGGGAAUACCACAGGCGAACAUGGACGAUCUCUGAUCAGGUGGGUAGAGACAUGCGGGUGGUAUCAGAGGAUUGAGAGUGCGACCUCGAGGCCUGCACGAAGAGCCU